ACCUAUAAUAAAAAAGAAUAUAUGUCCCGCCUUACCACGUGGGACAGACCUCUGACCGCCGCUCCCGGGUCUUUCCCCAUCCCAACGGAACGCAGGCGGGUGAGAUUGGAGAGAUGAAGGAUGGAGUCCCAGAGGGAGCACAACUUCAGGGACCAGUUCAUCGAAAUCCGACUUACCACGCAAGGUACCGUAGGGGCCCUCCUCGCACACGACCUGCCCCAGCGGUUGGAGAGGCUGAAGAUAAAGAGAAUCAACAAGCGGCCAAUGGUCCAAACCAGCCACCUGCUCGCCGUGGAUACCGGCGCCCCUAUAACUAUCAGCGUCGCCCCCGUCCUCCGAAUGCUCCUGCACAAGAUGGCAAAGAGACCAAGGCAGGUGAAGCACCAUCUGAGAACCCUGCUCCAGCCCCCGAGCAGAGCAGUGUCGAGUAACAUCCGGCUCCCCAGGCACCUUCACCAUCAGCAGGUGACCUAAAGAAUUAAUGACCAUUCAAAAAAUAAAGCAAAAAGCAGACCGCAACCUUACCAACACCAAAGAAACGUCCAAGCAAUAAAGUGGAAGACGAAUAACCAAGACGUGGACAUUAGAACGCUCACUACUAUUCUUUACGAAGCAAACAGCUAUACAAGGAAAGCGUCAGCCAGUUUUUCCAGCAGCUGAGAUCCUGGGAAUGCCUGCACGCAACAA